AUUGAUUCUAUUGAAUGGCAUUGGGAACUAACGUUGGUCAGUCUGGGACCAACAUGUAAUUAAGCUUUUUCAUUUUUUUCUUAUCUCAACCCAUCAUUUACAUAAUGGACCGUCAUGCUCACUUCCUAGUUCCUACCAGCAUGCACCAUCAAGGGUAAUGGAGAUUGCAACUGUUGUUUAACAUUGUUCAAUGGCGUCACUGCUGCGUCCAAUGAUGCAAACAGAGAAGUUAAGGGGAACCAUCUGGCGGUGGUGGAUACCAGACAAGAUUAAGACAUUUAUGUGGCUUCUAGAUCAAAAUAAGCUUCACACAACUGAGCCAAGGAACAGAAUGGGAAUUGCGGAAUCUGGAGCAUGCCCUUUUGGCCAUGAUGCUAUGGAGUCGUCUCUACAUGUUGUUCGUGACUGCAACCUUGCAAAGGAACGGUGUACUGUGUGCAGAUUACUGAACCUGAUCGAUCAGUUGGCGGACUUUUCCAACACUGGAUGCCUUAACUCUAGGACUAAGCCGGGUAAGCCUUUCACUAAUAACAAGCUUCGUUGGGCAGUUCUCUUUGCCUCCAUGUGUUGGGAACUCUUGACCACCGUGUGCAAGAAACUGUUUCGGUGAGAAUUCGAAUGAAGCAGAGAUGUAGAUGCAUCUAAAUGCGUUUUGAAAAGGCACACGGAUUUUCAACUAUUACAGAAACUUAAUCAGAAAAAGACAAUAGUGGAUACUGUGCAUGCAUGGAGACCUCCUAAUGAAGGUUAUGUCCGAUUAGACUCUAGAGGUUUGAUUCUCACAAAGGGCCUCACUUCAUGUGGAGGUGUUAUCAAGGAUGAACUUGGAAAUUGGCUCCUGGGAUUUUGCGGUAAGUUACAAAAAUACCUUACUGCUAUGACAGAAAUCAUGGGUAUGUAUUGCCAAAGGCCUGGAACAAUGCUGCUUUCAUGGCUUCAAGAAGAUUUAAGUUUCUUGUGAUUGUGCAACAGCUAUAAACAUCCUGACAAUGGAUGUUAUUAUCAAACUCCCUUUUGUACAUAUAAUUCAUGACACCGUUAGACUGAUCAACAGAAAUUGGAAUGUAUAUAAAAAUUUUGUUCAUAGGGAUGCUUUAGAUUUAGCUGAUUGUCUUGCUAGGGAA